CGUGAAUAGGUUAUUUCCCAAAAUACCCCCAACCGCCUUCCUCACAUUAUAUAUCCCCCCGUCCCCUUCUCCCAACAAAUCCGUCCCCUUCUCCCAACAAAUCCGUCCCCUUCUUGCCGUAUUCUUCCUUCCCACCUUGCGUUUCACACCUCUGCACAGCUCUCAGCCGUUGAGAAUGGUUGCGGGCGGCGGCGGGGCGGCGUUCCCCGUGGUGUUCUUCGACGGCCAGCAGGAGGUCGACAUCGGCCGCAUGCGCGUCAACCCGAUGAUGGAAUUCAAGAAUUUCCAGUUCACGAUCAGCCGGCGGAUCGGGAUUUCCCCCAACCAGAUUUCGAUUUACCUCUGCAACCGCAAGUCGGACCGCAAGAAGACUCCGAUCACCGGUAAGGUGAACUUCGAGUUCAUCGUCGCCUGCGAGAAGGACUGCUUCAUCCUCGCCGUGCUGAAGAGAUCGCGCAAGUCGGCGCGGAGGCGGAGGCCGAGGGUGAAUUGGAUGGAGGAAUGCGAGGAUUUGCUGUGGGAGUCCCAGUUCGCCGCCCGCUCGCCCCCGGUGGGGAAUUUGAUCUUGCUGCGCCGGAACCAGCCGGAAUUUCACGUCAGCAUGAUGAACCCGGCCGAUCCGGUCCUCUCCGGGUUCCGGCCGCCUCAAUUCGACCAGAUUUCGCAGGCGGAGUUGGCCGGUCUGAACAAUAGGCUGCAAGAUUUGAACAUUCACAAGCAGAAUUACGCAAUGGCGAUGGCUAGAUCGAAUCCGGACCCGAGCCCGAACCCGAAGAUCCUCCCGCACCCGGACCCGACGAGUCUCGACGACCCGGAACCUAGUUCCGGACCGGAUCCGAAUGGUCUACCUGAUAUCGAAGAAAUCUAUUCGGCGAUGACCGAAAAUUACAUCGGCAAAUGCGAGGAAUGCGGCGGCAAGAAGAAGAAGAAGAACGGCGAACCAACGGCUUUCCACCCCUGCCCGGAUGACCCGGUCAUCCGUGAAAGGUUCCGGACUCGGGUCGGCCCAAUCGGACGCUCAUCACUGUAGAAGGAAAAUAUUGCGGAGAAGCUGCAAUCCCCUGUGCCGGAUCCUAUUGUACUUGAGAAAAACCAUCUUAGAAUAUUUUAUUUUAUUUUAUUCGCAGGGAGAGAAAAUACUCCAUAGUUAAAUUGGGAACUUUGUUAAUUAGGAACUUUACGUACUAUAAGUCCUCUAUGAGGAAUUCGUGGAGGAUUCUGGUAA